UAAAACUCUAAACCUCACAGCCACAAGAAGAAGAAAAUGGCUUGCACCACAGAUUUCCGGUGCCUCGACGAAGGAUUCGGCGGCAAAACCGCCAAACGCAAACGCGAAUCUCAGGAACAAGCCGCCGCCGACGCCGACGAAGCCUCGAUGGACAUCGAUUCCGCCCACCCUCCCUCCGCGAAACGCAGCGCCGUCGCCUCCUCGGAAGAUCCAGACAAGCCCGUGGCCGUGGCCGCCAUCGGGAGACCGACGUACGACGGCGUUAUCGCCGGGAAAGUAUCGGGACGCAACUGGAAGACGCCGCGGACUCACAGGUCGUCGGGGAGGUUCGUGAGGAACAAGGGGCCGGAUCUGGAGGAGAUGAAGAGGCAGAGGGAGAUCAAGAAGGCGUACAGGGAGAGGAAGAACGAGCUCAAGGAGGAGAUUAGGAGUCAUAAGGUGGAGAAGAGGAAGAAGAAGGAAGAGAGGGAGAAGAGGAAGGCGGAGAAUGUUUUGAGGACGGGGACGAAGCUGCAGAAGAUUACGAACCCUAAGACGUUGAAGAAGAUCGCCAAGUCGAAGCAGAGGAAGCAUCUUAAAGUGAUUCCUGAUGAGGUGGUGAACGGGAACAAGAAGAGUUAAAUUUAUAUUUUCUCUUUUUAAAAAGACAUGUUUUUUUUUUUUUUUUUUUAGUUUUUGUAUUUUGAGUUUUUGUAUUAUCUCGUGACGUUUAGUCAAUCACAACUUUAAUACUUGAGAUUGUGUUCUGUUCUUGGUUAUCUUGUCUGAAUUGCGACUGGUUUUUUUGUCUGAA